GAUGGACGAAAAAACGUACGCGUUUCUCCAAGGCACCGCCAGUCCUACGGUGAGAAGUCGUGCAGAGUCUUUUCCCUUAUUUUCCUACGCGCACUUUCCCCGCGCGUUCACUCUCCCCCACUCUCUCUGUCAACUGCUUUAAAUCCGCUGACUGCGCAAAAAUAGGAUUUGAUUUUCUUAACCUAGAAUAAAUCAUCAAGGCUCGAUAAGAGCACGGAGAGAUAACUGAAAAUACAGCUUUCCUCCUUUCCGAAAAUUUAGGAUCUGUUUUUGGUUUUUUAAGUUAGCAAGAAAAAAAGCUUUUGGCUCUCUCUUGAAAUGUUUUGGGUUUUUGGGGUAAGGUAGAAGCGGGAUUCAAGAAUUCAAGUUCUUUUUCUUCAUGGCAGAUGUGUGAGAUGUGUGAACUACAGGAAGAGAUUAAGAUUAAAGAAGAAAAGGACGCAGACCCACAUAGGGAUAUUUUUGGGUGGCUGAAAGACCAACCCAUUGUUGACCUGAGCCAUAUGGAACUCACUAACAGUGGUUAUGAUCCAGGUGUUGUUUCUCGCAGUGAUGGCCAAAAGGCUGGUGGUUGCAUUGAGAAGAAAAAAAUGCCUCUGAGAUCCCCAUCAGAUUCAAGUUCAGGUUUUGGUUAUGGAAGCCAGAUGAAUACGCCGACAGUUAUGGGCCAGCACAUCACCAGUAUGGAUACUAAUAAUAGUAUCAGCGGUGUCAUGAAUAUAGACUCUUUGUUGGGUACAGCGUCAGAAAUGGAGAGAAGUGUUUAUCUGAACAUUGGAGGUGAUCUUUGUAUUGAGUCUAGCUUUUCAACCAAAAUAAUGAAGAAAAUCCAGGUGGAGCCAUCAUCAUACCAGCCCAUGAUAGCUUGCAAGCCUAGCACUGGUAACAGUCGUCUUUGUACGGAAAACAAUCUGUUAAACUCCAAUUGGAAUUGGAACUGGAAUGCCAGGAGCUCCUUCAAUCCUAAUGUCUUUAAUACCCAUAUGGCCCCAGUUAAAGAUAGUGCUCCUGCUCGCUAUCAAGUCAAUGCUGAGGAAGAUUUCAACAUUGUUGCAAAUGUGAAAUCUAAUGAUAAUUCUUUGAGUUUUUUGACUUUUGAUCACUUUUCUGGAAGCACUAGAACCGUUAAGAAGAGAAGAAAUGUGACUAGGGUUAGGAAAUAUAGUGGUUCCAGCUCAAGCCAUUCCUUUUUGGAAAGUAGAAAUCUUGGCCUUGAAACUGCUCAGGCUCCUAUUUCUCCACUUUUAGUGGCAUCAAAUACCCUGGACAGUGGUGUUGCCAAGAAUGGGUCUGUAGCUGAUGGAUCUGGUUCGGACAGAUCUUUCAAAAGGCAAAGAGCUCUUGAUCGUCCAGCCAUUGAAGACCCAGUUCACAAGGAGAAGGAGAAGGAGCAUGAAAACAAGAAUCUGAAGUUUCUUUUACAGAAGGAGUUACGAAACAGUGAUGUAGGGUCUCUGGGAAGAAUUGUUCUUCCUAAGAAAGAAGCAGAGGCAAAUCUACCAACUUUAACAGCAAGAGAGGGAAUCCAAAUAUGCAUGGAGGAUAUGCAUCUGUCUAAAAAGUGGAACUUCAAAUACAGGUUUUGGCCAAACAACAAGAGUCGGAUGUAUGUCAUGGAAAAUACAGGAGAUUUUGUGAAAACACAUGGUCUUCAGCUUGGAGAUUUUGUCAUGCUCUACAAAGAUGAGGUCAAUGACAAUUAUAUAAUUAGAGCCAAGAAAAGUCCAAGCCAAUUAACACCUGGAAGCUCAGGUGAUAAGAGUGGUGUUUAUGGAUCUUCUACAUUGUUGGAUGAUGGGAGCAUUCAUCAAUCAGGGAGUGAAAAAGAAAAUGAAGUAAGUAGUAGAUCACCUAAUCUAAGUUCAGGCAAUAUCUCUCCCAAUACCACAACGAAUAGUCUAUCCAUAGCUCAAAAUAUAGAGGAUUUAUUUUCAAAGGAGCUGAAUUUUUACUUUACAACCGACAUUGUAGGAUACUCUGCAUUGGAAUCUAUUCCUAGUUUUGGAUCUGAUGAGGUCUUACCUUUAGAAUAUUUUGCAGAUUAGGUGAUGUAAAUAUCUUGUUUUGUUCAAAACAUGAUGUUUUGAUCAUAUUCACAAUUUUGUAAAUAGUAAUUCUAUGAACUACCGUACUAUGCUGCUAAUAUAAUUUGAAUUGACAAUCCAUUUUUCUGCCAAA